AUGGCACACCAGCCAGAUGUGCCCAUCUUGAGGAUCCUCAGCGCCCCUGGGGCAGAGAUGCCUUUGUCGAGAGUUGAGUAUGAGGAAACGGAAGAGGAAGGCGUGAAGGAGCUGGUGACUCCUCAGUGGCUCGUGGAUGAUCCAGGGAGAGUUGAAUCACAGCUUAAGAAACCAGCACUGUCAGAAAGUGGAAAAAGGAAUCGUGACAAACCCAAAAAAGGGGAAAGGAAGGGAAAGAAAAAGAAAAAGAAAAACAGAGAACCAUGUGAAGGAGACUUUAAAAACUUCUGCAUUCAUGGUGAAUGCAAAUAUAUUGAACAUCUCCAGAUACCCACCUGCAAAUGCCACCCAAAUUACUACGGUGAACGUUGUGUCGAACAGUUCUUGAAGUCACACAGAAGCAAUGAGGCGGUCAGCCAGUCAACCGCCAUACUAGUGGUGGUGGCCGUUGUCUUCUCCGUCUUCAGUUUUGCUGCCAUUGUGGUUGUUGUCAUAAUGCAGGUAAGAAAAAAAUAUCCUAAAUGUGAAGAGAAAGAAGAAAAGAAAAAACUCCGCCAAGAAAAUGGAAGUCCAAGCAAUGAACGAGAUGAAGUUGAAGAGGCUGUUGGUGAAGCUCAUGAGACUCCAUGGAGACAUGUCUUUGAUCACCUGUACCGAGGCCCGCUGGAUGACUGGUACUCCGGGAGGGAGACACCGCUUCAAGACCAGGCCCCAGCCACCUCGACCCCUUGCCCCCGGGAGGAGGAACACUGUCUUCUACAGGAGCGGAACCACGAACUGACCUGGGAGAAUCGGGACCUCCAGGCCCAGCUGGGGGCCCUGCAGAUGGAGAUGACGGCGCUAGCAGGGACGGUGCGAGGACUCCGAUCAUCCAUCGGCGCUGCGACUACCCUCCCCGUUCAUUCUCCAUGCACAGUCGCCCGGGACGUGCAGAUCUCCUUUGAUGGGACCUGCGCCGUUACCCCACUUUCUACUGCAACUUUCUUGCUUCAUGAACGAUCAGGGUGA